GAGCUGCUGGCAGGCUCAGCCCCGGCUGCUGCGGCGGUGCCUCCUCCUCCCGCCGCUGCGCGGGAGCGCCUGCCGGGAGCCGCACACGCCGGAGCUCCCAAGUUCCAGCAUGGCUCUGAGAGGCUGGAGGGCACAAACUCCUGCAGACCUGGGAGCUGCCACGUGUUGUAGGAGCCUCCUGCUUUCUCAACCCUUCAUCCCGGCUAAGGACGGAGCAGACGCCGCUGGCAGCCACGCGCACCUGGAAGGAUCACUUGGAUUCCGCUGCUAACAGAGCCCUGCGGACCCGCUCCCGGCCACACAGGGAAAUUCUCUGAAACAGCAAGCUACUUUUCCAAGUGGGGAGUGCAAGGAGGCAGUUUUUUUCCCCCCCCUUCCCUGUUUGGGAGAAAAGGAGUUGCCCAACCUGGUCAUGAGACUUUUCCAUACUUCCCCAAAGCAGGCUCCUGGAGUUAUGACACUGCCCCACUGGGAGCCUGGGGUAGUGUAGUCCUGAACAGCCCCCCAGCAGCACACCCGCAGUGCAGCCAGUCUGGUGGGCUCAGGAGAUGGAGAAUGAGGUUGGCAAGUCUGUGGACAAUCAAAUGGACAAAUACAUAGUUACAAUAAUGGGGAAAUCAGAAAGUCAAAUGGAUAUUGUGGAAAAAUCAACAAAAUCUGGGAAGAAGCCCUGGAGCUUUGUGGCAAUCGGUCUGGCUGUCUUGCUGCUCCUCAUGACUUGUGCAGUGGUCGCCCUGGUGAUCCUGUAUGCCAGCAGCAGAGGCGCUCGCUACGGCACCAAUUCUGGCAGCAUAUGUACCACACCUGGAUGUGUGACAGCAGCUGCUAGAAUAAUUCAGAAUAUGGACCCAACAGCUGACCCUUGCCAGGAUUUCUACCAGUAUGCCUGUGGGGGCUGGCUGAACCGGCAUGUUAUCCCAGAAACCAGCUCCAGAUACAGCAUCUUUGAUGUCCUGAGAGACGAGCUGGAGAUCAUCCUCAAAGGUGUGCUGGAGACUUCAGAUCAAGAGGACAGAGAAGCAUUUCAGAAGGCUAAAAUACUUUACAAGUCAUGCAUGAAUGAGAGUCUUAUAGAGCAACGAGAUUCAUUGCCUCUGCUGGAGGCCUUAAGGGUGGUUGGAGAUUGGCCAGUGGCUUCUCCAGACUGGAAUAAGACCAAAGAGCCAAAUUGGAGCAUGGAAGAAAUACUCUCCAUAAUGAACUCCAGAUUUAACAAACGUGUCCUCAUUGACAUGUUUGUGUGGAAUGACGACCGGGACUCCAGCCGACACAUCAUUUAUAUUGACCAGCCAGGUUUAGGAAUGCCAUCCAGGGAUUACUACUUUAAUGGGGGCAACUAUCAAAGAGUGAGAGAAGCUUACCUGCAGUUCAUGAUCACCAUUGCCAAAAUGAUCCGGGAAGACAAGAAUAUGACUAAAGAUGAUUCCUAUGUCCAAGAGGAGAUGGCAAAGGUUAUGGAGCUUGAGACAGAGAUUGCAAAUGCAACCACCCCAGCAGAAGAAAGGCAUGAUGUAACCUUGCUGUACAACAAAAUGACCUUAAAAGAGCUACAGGAGAAGUUUGCACUGAACGAAUUUAACUGGACCUUCUUCAUCCAAGGUGUCAUGUCCUCAGUAAGUGUCCAGGUUGACCCAGAAGAAGAGGUGGUUGUAUAUGGCAUGCCCUAUCUGCAAGAGCUGAAAGCAAUUAUCUCAAAGUACUCAGCAAGCACCAUCCAGAACUACCUCAUUUGGAGACUGGUGAUUGACCGGGUCAGCAGCUUGAGCCGGCGCUUCAAGGACGCCCGGGCCAGCUACAGGAAGGCGCUGUACGGGACCCCGCUGGAGGAGGCUCGCUGGAGGGAGUGCGUGAGCUAUGUCAACAACAACAUGGAGAACGCGGUGGGAGCCAUGUACGUCCGGGAGGCUUUUGCUGGUGAGAGCAAGAGGAUGGUCCGAGAUUUAAUAGACAAGAUUCGGGAAGUGUUCAUCGAGACUUUAGAUGAGUUACAGUGGAUGGAUGAGGCAUCUAAAGAGAAGGCUCGUGAGAAGGCAAUGGCAAUUAAAGAACAAAUUGGCUAUCCAGAUUAUAUUUUGGAAGAUCAGAAUGAAAAACUUGAUCAGGAAUAUGCCAAUUUAAACUUCAGUGAAAACAAUUACUUUGAAAACAUUCUGGAAAACCUGAGAGCUGGAGCCCAAAAGAGCUUGAAAAAACUUCGAGAGAGAGUUGACCAAGACAUAUGGAUCAUUGGAGCUGCAGUGGUCAAUGCAUUCUAUUCUCCCAACAGGAACCAGAUAGUUUUUCCUGCUGGGAUUCUGCAGCCCCCCUUCUUCAGCAAACACCAGCCACAAGCCCUGAACUUCGGAGGCAUUGGGAUGGUUAUUGGGCAUGAAAUUACUCAUGGGUUUGAUGACAAUGGUAGGAAUUUUGAUAAAGAUGGGAAUAUGUUUGACUGGUGGAGCAAUUUCUCAGCGAUGCAUUUCAAGGAGCAGUCCCGUUGCAUGGUUUAUCAGUAUGGGAACUACACGUGGGAGCUGGCAGGGGGACAAAAUGUCAGUGGAAUAAGCACAUUAGGAGAAAAUAUUGCAGAUAAUGGUGGGGUCCGACAGGCUUAUAAGGCCUACUUAAAAUGGCUGGAAUGGGAAGGGAAGGAGCCAAAGCUGCCUGGACUGAAUCUGUCCCACAAACAGCUUUUCUUCCUCAACUUUGCCCAGGUUUGGUGUGGUUCCUACAGACCAGAAUAUGCCAGCCAGUCAAUAAAGACUGAUGUCCACAGCCCUCUGAAGUACAGGGUGAUGGGAUCUUUGCAGAACUUUGAAGCAUUCUCAGAGGUGUUCCACUGUAAAAGAGGCACAGCCAUGCACCCUGCAGAGAAGUGCAGAGUGUGGUAACCAAAGCAAGAACCUGGUGAGGAUCACACAUGCUCUGCUGACACAACAAACAGUUCUUGCCAACCAUGUGCCUGAUGUUCUCCCAUGCAGUCACAGCCAAGGCUAACAGUGCAGCUCCUGUGCUGAGAAUGGAGGCAGCACUGCAGCUGCUGCAGGUCCUCUGGGAGGCACAGGGGUGUCCCUGUGCCUGGGGGGCUGUGCUGAACACCACGGUGUCUCCAGAGCAGAACCGACUGUUCUAAACGACAACCCGACUGUUACGAAGAUACCACAUCAGGGUUACAAAGACUAAUUCUUAAAUAAAAAACAAAACCAACAAACAA